GUUUCGGCGAAAGACCCGCUUCAACCAACAACCGCGGUGCAUCGCUUGUGGUUCUUAUUAAACAGUGAUAAAUCCCGGCUUCUUCAGACUGCCCCGAUUGUUCGACAAUCUCUAGGAUGAGCGAUGCUACAGAUCUAAAUAUGGCGAGCCGACUGACCCUGAACAGCGGUCAAUCGAUCCCUCGUCUCGGCCUCGGAGUCUACAAAGCCGCAGGAGCAGAAGCGACCAGCGCUGUCGUUAGUGCUCUCAAAGAGGGUUACAGACACGUUGAUACCGCCCAAUGGUAUGAGAACGAAGAGGACGUCGGUCAAGGUGUCAGAGACAGUGGCGUCAAGCGGAAGCAAGUGUGGCUAACGUCGAAAUAUUUCCCCGAGGAUCAAGUGAAGUCUACAAGCGAUGUUCUGGCUGCUCUUAGAACCUCCCUCCCAAAACUCGAUCACGAAGAUGGUCACAUAGACCUUAUGUUGAUACACUCGGCUGCUGGUGGACAAGAAGGCCGCGAGAACAUAUGGCGUGCCUUCGCGCAGGCCCAAAAAGAAGGGUGGAUCCAGGCCAUAGGCGUCUCAAACUUCAACAUCUCACACCUCGAACGUCUACCGGGUCCUAUACCUGCACUGAAUCAGAUUGAACUCCAUCCUUGGUGUCAGCAAAGACCAAUCGUAGAGUACUGUCAACGCCACGGUAUUGCCAUCGAAGCGUAUUCUCCACUCGCCAGGGCGGAAAAGGAUAAAUGGGAGGAUCCCGUCCUAGUUAAGAUCUGCGAGAAACAUAGCAAGAAUCCGGGUCAAGUCCUAAUACGCUGGAGUCUCCAAAGAGGAUUCGUGGUGAUUCCCAAAUCGUCUAAUCCCCGAAGGAUCAGAGACAAUGGCGAUGUAUUUGACUUCUGUCUGGACAAGGGGGACAUGGACGCCUUAAAUGGUUUAGACAGGGGGUCGGGAGGCGCGGUCACUUGGAAUCCAGUGGACCAAGCUUGAUCGAAGGUCUACGCAAUCGAAGGAUCAGACGAAUAAGGACUGAGCCAUCCUCAAAUGCAUUCUGAACGUGUUCGUCGA